ACAUGAUAUUGCUGCGCUGCUGAGCCAUCAGAUGCGUGCAGUGCGCGCGCGCACACGUUAGUUUACCGUUGCGCACACAGCUACUGAGAAAUGCCAAAAACCAUAAUGGUGCCAGAGGCUCGGGCCAUAGUUCCAGCUAUAAUUUCCUUGCUCGCCUUCCUCUCGGCAGUUUAUGGGUACCCCAAAUACUGGUGGGACCCGUCCCAGGGUGUUAUGCCUGAAGGCAAUUUUUGCCAUGCGCAUCCGGAACGCGCCUAUCCGGAACUGGAAGUUGACGGUUUCUGGUUGGAGAGCCCACAUGGCGCGCCUCGGCUGGAUCCGGACAUCACAUUUGAGUUCCGCAACGCCGCCGGCGACCUUGUGUCGAGCCUGUGUCCUGGCGCAAGCUACGCCCUCAAGGGCUCCUUCCCCCUCCCCAGCCUGGUAUUGCUGUCUUCAUCCGAAGGCCGCUUUACCUCACCAGCAACAACACCGGGAUGCCCCAACCGUGUUGACUGGGGUGGGUCGAUAUCAACUCGGGCGGCAAUGCUGUUCAACGCCACCUACGCUGUGCCGUGCAACCCCUCAGCUGAUAUCAACUUCCGGGUGACGUCCGCAUCCCGGGGAUAUCCCGGCACCUGGGCCCAGGCGAGCGUUACGUUGACUGUGGACAGCUCGUGCGCCGCCGCAAGCUGCCCGAAGUCCGACAUCCCGCCGUCGCCCGAGGCUACCCCCAGCCCGCCUCCGCUCACUUCUAUCCCACCUUCCAAUUCGAAGCCACCGGUCAAGAAGAAGCCCCCGCCCCCACCCAAGCGGAAGCCGCCACCACUGCCGCGGAAGUGGAAGCCGCCCAUGAAGCUUACACCCAGUCCCUCCCCAGCCCCAGCAGCGUAA